GUUGGUUUCAGGGAAGGAGGAGAUCAAGUCAGCCUCCAGGGGUGUUGCCCAGCCCAUGUCCCCCUCGGAUUUUCUGGACAAGCUCAUGGGCCGAACAUCGGGGUAUGAUGCCCGGAUUCGACCUAACUUCAAAGGCCCACCCGUCAAUGUGACAUGCAACAUCUUCAUCAACAGUUUUGGCUCCGUCACAGAAACCACAAUGGAUUACCGAGUGAAUGUCUUCCUGCGCCAGCAAUGGAACGACCCCCGCCUGGCCUACAGGGAGUACCCAGAUGACUCACUGGACCUGGAUCCCUCCAUGCUGGACUCCAUCUGGAAGCCAGAUUUGUUUUUUGCCAAUGAGAAGGGAGCCAACUUCCAUGAGGUCACCACCGACAACAAGUUGCUGCGCAUCUUCAAGAACGGCAACGUGCUCUACAGCAUCCGACUGACAUUGAUCCUCUCCUGCCCCAUGGAUCUCAAGAACUUCCCCAUGGACAUCCAGACGUGCACAAUGCAGCUAGAGAGCUUUGGCUACACCAUGAAUGACCUGAUAUUUGAGUGGCUAGAGGACCAAGAAGCUGUCCAAGUGGCAGAAGGCUUGACACUCCCCCAGUUCAUUCUGAGGGAUGAAAAGGAUCUGGGAUACUGCACCAAGUACUACAACACAGGCAAGUUCACCUGCAUCGAGGUGAAGUUCCAUCUAGAGAGGCAGAUGGGCUACUACCUGAUCCAGAUGUACAUUCCCAGCCUGUUGAUCGUCAUCCUCUCCUGGGUCUCUUUCUGGAUCAAUAUGGAUGCCGCGCCUGCCCGGGUAGGGCUGGGGAUCACAACUGUGCUGACUAUGACCACUCAGAGUGCGGGCUCCCGGGCCUCCCUCCCAAAGGUCUCGUACGUGAAGGCCAUAGAUAUCUGGAUGGCAGUGUGCCUGGUCUUCGUCUUUGCUGCCCUGUUGGAGUAUGCAGCUGUCAACUUUGUCUCCCGCCAGCACAAGGAGUUCAUGCGGCUGCGCAGGAGGCAGCGGCGCCAGAGGAUGGAGGAGGAGAUUGUCCGUGAGAGCCGUUUUUACUUCCGUGGCUAUGGCCUCGGCCACUGUCUACAGGUGAAAGAUGGAGGUGCCAUAGAGGGUCCCAGCAUCUACAGCCCUCCUCCCCCAACUCCACUCCUGAGGGAGGGAGAGACAAUCCGUAGGCGCUACACUGACAGAGCCAAGCGGAUCGAUACCAUCUCACGAGCUGUCUUCCCCUUUGCCUUCCUGGUAUUUAACAUCUUCUACUGGAUCAUCUACAAAGUGCUGCGGUCUGAGGACAUCCACCAGGCACCCUGAUGAUGGAGGAGGAAAGACACUAGACAUGGAAGCUGCCCCCUCUUUUUUGUCUUGCGCUCACAUUGCUGUGUGGGCUGACCCCUUCCCCCCAGUGCCUGUCAGGACUCAAAUAGCUUUGCCUGCACCUUGGUUCUCUCUGCCCCAGAACUCCCAGGACCAGCUGAGAAACUUGAUCUGCCCUUCCAACCUGGAUAUACCACAUCUACCAAUACCCCAGCAUGGUGUUAGGAGUCACUGCACCACUAGAAGCAAUGUCCUGCAUAACCUAGACAUGCUGUAUCCCCAACACCCAGCAUGGAGUUGUGAGGGCUCUACGCUGCAGUCAUUCAUAACCGGGACAUGCUCCAUCCUUCUCUGCAGUGCAGUGUCCUGGGAGCCAUGCUACUGCCUUCCAUUGCCGAGACAUGUUCAGUCGACCAACACUUAAUCAGCAUGGUGCAAUAAUGGGGGAUGCUUCACUGCUGGCAGCACUGUCAUUCUUACAUCCAACACCUUCCAUCUUUCCAGUGCCUCAGCAUGGCAUGGGAGCUGCUUUGCUUCUGUGCUGCACAGUCUGAAAGUGUGCCAUCUCAUGACACUACCCAAGUGAACAGACAGAGCCACUAUCCUCCAUAACUCAAACGUGCUCAGCCCCUAAAGCUCCACCUGGGUGAAGGGGAGGCACUGUGAUGCCAGAGGUGCCAUAACAUGCACAUGGCACUUCUGCCAGUGGCCUAGCAUGAUGCAAGUGGGCCCUGUGUUGCUGGAAGCAUUGUGCCCUGUAUGCCUUCCACCUUCUCCACCUGGCAGCAACCUAGCAUGGCAGUCGGUGGUGCUGUAUUGCUACGAGUAUUAAAGAGAUCUUGAGCACUUCUUA